CCCAUCUCUCUUUAAAUUUCAUUUUUUCACAUCCAUCAAAUACUUCACUCAAACAUGGAAUCCAGCCGAAACAUUGACGACAGUCAGGAGCUGUUAUCCCUUUCGGAAGUCUACGAAAAGUUGCUGCAUGCAGCCCGUGAAGCGGACCGUCAGUAUGUACUUAGCAGGAGCGCCGCAACCGAAGACGACGAUGAGGACGACGACGACGACAACUUCGACUCCUUCAAGCAUCUAGGUUCAUACUAUGAAGAUGAACUAUACAUAGACGCACCCGGAGAUGAAGAUAUUCCCGAGCCCUUCCUGGACUGGGACGCACCGCUGCCGAGUCCAGUUCAGCGAGAGAUGGAUAUGCUUUACGGGAGUAUGGAUAGUAGGGAUCGCAGUGGUACGUCGCGAGGAUCUGAACCCUCUGGCCAAUUCGUUCUCUGUGAGGAGGAGUUGCUGGAGGAUUCGUACUUUCCGGGCUGUCUGGACGAUAUUGUGCAGGGGAAGCUUCCGUUCAGCGGUGAGGUCGCGGUACAAGAAGGAGACGAGUCAAGCAUUCUGGAGAUGUCCGUGCUGGAAGCAUUCGACAGACGGGUGGAACACGACCAGCAGAAAAUGAAAGAGAGGAUAAUGGGUUAUUAUACCCUAAUGCCGAACAUGACGCUUCUGAGCGAUUUAAGUUUUGACGGAGAGGACGACGGUGAAGUAUCUUCGAAAGUGCCGAUUCAAGAUGGAGACCUCCGCGCAGCGAUAGACAGCUAUCGGGUCGACAACAGAAUUCAAAAUAUACCCGAAACGGAGCUCACAAAGGCGAUCGAUAGUUUGACCAAAGCGGAGGUUAUGUAUGAGUAUCAAUGCAAGCAUGACAAAAUGAGCGAAAUGUCAAAACGAGUAAUCGGAGAUCUGUCUACGAGCGCUAAAAAAGACGAGUCGCAGGCGGCUCCAAUUGGCCAUAAAUAUCCCAAAUUUGAGGUUAUCAGUAUUCCGGACGGGAAUAGACCGCUGGAGAUUAUCAGUUACAUUGGUUCAACUCGCAACAAACUGAGCAAAUAAUGGAGUUUAUUUGUCGAAUAAAUUAUCUGU